AUGGAUGCAAUAACGGAGUCGCCCGGGCGGUAUUGGCCUGUAUCACACAAAUAUGAUACGAUAGACAGGAAAUAUAAGUUUUUUAAGGCUACUAAUGCUUAUCGGAUGCAAGCAUACUAUCCAUUGAUACAACUUGGUCGCGCCUCCUACUCAUCUGCUCGACGCGAUGUCACUAGUCUAAGGUCCCAGAUUUCAAUAGGAAUUGAAGUGAAUAUUGACGAAUUUACGACCGAUUCAAGUGUCAAGAAGGAAACACUCACUACAGUCAACGAUUUGUCGGAUGAUAUAUUGUUGGCAAUAUUUGCUUACUGUCAUCCGAUUGAUUUGAUCCAUGGUUUUUCUUUGGUUUGUCGCCGUUGGAAUUACUUGGCGAAUUAUUCUAGUUUGUUCACCGAAGUUCGGGUGUUAGUUAACGAUUUUUCAUUGAAAUAUGGCAGUGUGAAAAUGUUCUUUCGCAGGACUUCUCAGUAUCUUCGAAAAUUGUGCAUUGAUUGUCCAGUGCCUUUGCCUUCUGCCGAAGUUAACGAAUUGUUCGACAUUUGCUUUCCCAACGUCAUCCAUUUGGAUCUUGGCUCUUUUAAGGAAAUGAAUACCACAUUGUUGAAAAAGUUAUCAAAUUGUUUCCCCAACGUUGAAACUUUGCACAUGGAAAAAAUAGAACGAAGUUCAAGGUGUGAUGAUAAUGCACAGGAAUGGGAAAAAACAUUGAAAAUGUUAUUUGAAGAUGAAAACAUUUUUCCGCAAGUCCAAAAUUUCUUUGUUGGCAAUAUAAGUGCAUACAGCUCGGGAAGUGAUCCAAAACUGCCGGUUUGCAAUCGUCCGCUGAAUUUAUUGCAUAUUUACGGCGGGUUGGGUGAAACUGAAUUCAGCGUGAUUAGAACUUCUCCGUGGCGGUCGACUCUUACAGAACUUCAUCUUGGGUCUCAUAUUGGAAACGAUGGCAUUGAAUACAUUGGACUUUUGCAAAAUUUAAAAGUUUUUUCGUGGGGUCUAAGUCUUUAUACAUUCGAUGAAGAAUUCGCUCAUAUAAAGAAUUUGUGCAACUUGGAAGAGCUAAAGGUAUUUUUCGGUGGUGAAGAUUGUAAUGUUUCUUCCGAAGGUUUGAUUGCCUUGUUCACUCUGUCCGAUAAGGAACCCGAAAAGUCAUUCCCGUACAAGCUUAAGCAUUUAGUAAUCGCAAAUUAUUUCGAAACUAGUGUCGAUCUUCUUCAAGCCAUCGAUCGAAAUUGCCCAGAUUUGCAAACACUUGGCUUAGCAUUCAAUGAAUAUUCAUUAUUCAGGGAUCAAAUUAUGCCUUUUAUUAUUAGUAAUUUCAAACACUUAAUAUUCCUCGAUCUAAGCAAUUUCGGGGAAUGUUAUAAAGAUGAAGUGUGGAAUAAUUUGGACGACGACGACUUGCCGGAUUUACGUCUCCUGAAGCUUCAUGGAAAUAAGGUCAAUAUUGAAAAUUUACAACGCUUGAAUUUGAGAAGACCUAAACUGUUAAUUUCAACCAGAGUGAAUCAUUUUAUUAACUGGACCGAAAUUGAAAAUACUUGCGUUUUCCAUGAUAUUUUUGAUGGUGAUAUCAGAGCCAUAGAAAAUGAUUUGCGACAGAUCGACGGAUUGCGUGAUUUUGAAAUAAACCCGGGAUUAUACAUCUACGACAAUUUUACCUUAAACACUUUGGAGCGUUCAUCGUCAGUCGAUUUUUACAAUGAACGCAGAUCAAGGAAUUUCAGUAGUGGCCAUUCUGUGUAA